UUCCUCUUUAAUUUCCUCUCGAAGAAACGAAAGAGAGAUAGAAAGAGAGAAAGAGAGAGAGAGAGAGAGAGAGACAGUGAGAAAGGAAAAAAUACUUGAACUGCGAAGAGUUUCUUUCUUUACUCCAAUGGGAGGAGCCGAGUAUCCUGAAAAUAGUCCUACUACCUUUGACCUCUUUUCGCGAGUGUGACGGAUAGCAGUGAGCUACGAAAGAGUGAUUUCUACUCCGGAAUAACGGGAUGAGGAUUCGCGCGAUAUCAUUAAGGACGAAGAUGGACGAUCGAUCUAGUGUUUCUUUCGAUCGUUGAAUUAUUUUUUUCCUUUCUUAUCUCUUUAUCUAUUUCUCCCCCCUAUCCCCCUCUUUCUCUCUCUCUCUCUCCCUCUCCUUCUCUUUUUCCCUCUCUAUCUUUUUUCCAUCGAUGGAUCUUAUGGUGAACAUUCGAGAUCUAUACGAUCGAUGGUGUUAUUGGUGAAAGUGAUCGUUCGCUUAGAGGAGAAAAAAAAGAAGAGGAAAAAAAGAGAAAAUUAAUUGAAUGAUCUCGAUGGACUAAAGAAGAAAAGAAAGAAGAAAGAAGAUAGAAGAAAGAAGAAAAAGGAAAGAAAAUAAAAGAAAACAAAACAAAUCAAAAAAUAAAAAAGGACCAAGUAAUAAUGUGUUGUUUCCAAAUAAAAAAAAAGAAAAAAAGAAAUAUACGUUCGAUCGUGUGUACUCUCUCGACUCUUUUUCGUUACACAAUGAUACCAAUCAUUUUUUUUUAACUGACUUGAAUAAUUUCAAUUAUUAUUCCGAACUUAUCUCAUAUCCGCGCCGCAUUGUGUUAUCGUCAUUGCGGUGAACGGCGCGAAAAAGUGCGCGAAUAAACUUCCUUCGAUCGAGUUUCGUUACUUCAAAAAAAAAAAAAAAAAAAAAAAAAAAAAAAGAAGCCCGUGUUAAUCCUCAUCCACGAGUUUUACGAACUAAAAAAAAAAAAGAAAAAUAAAAUAAAAAAAACAACAAAAACAAAAAAGAAAGGAAAAGAAAAAAAUUGAGGGGAAAAAACAAUUAAAAUAAUAAACUCAAUUCUCCGGAGGAUCUUUCGUGACUGUAUAGAAUUAUACAUAUUCUAUUGCCUACGAUCAAGAGGAAGCAACCCGCCGUUCCCGCUUAUUUUUUCUCUCUUCUUUUUUUGUCGGCGGCUGAUAUUAAACGUACGAUAUCAAAUUGGAGAAGAUCAUCAUGAAAACUUUAUUGAUCCUGGUUGGUCUCCUACUCGAAAUACAUCUUUAUUUUACAGAGAGUCAUGCGAAGCAUCAACAAGAGUCGAGUUCUAAAAAUAUAGUCGAGCCGUUAAAUGGUCUCGAAGGUAAAGGAGAUGACGUCCUCGAAGGACCAAUCAGCGAGGUCGUUGCUCAAAGCGGAGGCAAGGCCGUCUUACCUUGCAAAAUCACCGAUCCUGGAGCUGGAACGAUCACAUGGUUAAGGCGCAAGGACAGACAAUUAUUGACUCUAGGUACUAACAGGCAUUCGGUCGAUACUCGUUUUGCCGUACGCCAUACAAAUACAGAUUGGGCACUUCAAAUACAAAUGGUCACUCUUGGAGACGAAGGGAUUUACGAAUGUCAGGUGACGUCACAUCCCAUACAACGGAGCUUCACACGCUUGAAAAUCACGGAGGCGUACUCGAUAAUACCGGGUGCGCCAGAUUUACACGUAAAGCAGGGUUCCAGUUUGCGCUUGGAGUGCCAACUUAUGGCAGCUACGGAGCUGCCCCAGUACGUGUUCUGGUAUCGUCAAGGACGCAUGAUAAACUACGACGCCGAGCCCGGUGUUAAAGUUGAGCUCACGAAGAGUGGCUCCAUUUUGAUGGUAAACAAAACGAAGCCGACGCACGGAGGUAACUACACGUGCAAGGCGAGCAACGCAAAGCCGGCAUACGUCAUGGUUCAUGUCAUCGAAGAAGAGGAGAAGCCAGCAGCCAUGCACGGUGGCGACAGGAGGAACCUCAGUCCAGCAAUUUUGGCGAGCAACUUUCUGGUUUCCCUACUUGCGGCCGUCAGCUGGAGGAUACCGAGUUUCACGAGCCUCUACCCGACGUGAAUCAUCGACUUGGAAGUUUUGCCGGUUGGAACACCGGCACCAACUCGUUUCGCGGUGAUGGCCAUACUCGUCGACCGAUCCGCACGAUCUCCCGUUAUAAAAUCCGACGAUAAGCGUCAAUCCUCUUUGGACUUUCGAGCGCGUUCCGUCGUUACGAUUCCAGACUCCUUUAUCUGUCAGACUUAUUCGUGUCAUUUAAUCGUCAUUCAACGGAAAACAUAAAUAAAGCCAAUUGACUUUCCUUCGAACGAAAGAUAUGAACGAACGAGAUAAAGAAAAAGGGAGAAAGAGAUAGAGACAUAGAAAGAGAAAGAGACAGAGAGAGAGAGAGAGAGAGAGAGAGAGAAAGAGAGAGAAAGAGAGAAGAGCAUAGAGAGAAAGAAAGAGAAACAGAAAGAGAGAGAGAGAGAGAGAGAAAGAGAGAAGAACAAUGUAAACAUUGUUCUCCUUAUUCAUUGUGAAGGAGAAUUUUAAGAUGACUUUUAUUUUGAUUUCUCGAUAAGUUCUUUUUACUUAUUCGAUCGAAUCGAUUUAAAAAUUUCUGAUUUUAUUCGUAGUAUAUUUUUGUCUCUCUACGAGACUACAUCUCUUUCUCUCUCUCUCUCUCUCUCUUUCUUUCUCUCUCUCUCUCUCUCUCUCUCUCACACUCUCUCGAUCCCUUUGUUAUCUGUCUCCCUCCUUUUUUUUCGAUAGAGAAAAUUCUCUAUCUCUUAAGAAUUUCCUUUCUCUCGAUUCUUUUCAAUCGUUUCCCCUCGAAAAGAUAUUCGGUUCGCGUACGCGCUCUCGCAGUCGGACGAACUAUCAUCCUUCGUUUUUUUGGAAUUGACUUAGGAUCGGUACAGUAGGAUACGUUUUACUCUUAAACUUCUAAUACGAGAAAAGGAAGAGGAUAUUAAGAGUGGAAGGUACGUUUUCCGCACACGGAGUACGUCACUACUACUAUUACUACUGCUACUACUACUAUUACUACUACUACUACUACUACUACUACUAUUAUUACUACUACUACCACCACUACUAUUACUAUUACUACUACUAUUACUACUACUAUUACUACUGCUACUACUACUACUACUACUACUACUACUACUACUACAAAACAAUGUACAGAACGGAUCGUGCGGGCGGAACGACAGUCUUUUCUCUUUUACGAGAAAUUGAAGAAGAAAAAGAAGUGGUAGAAGAAGAAAAGGAUAGAAGACAAGGUAGAAGAAGAGGAAGAAGAUGAAAAAUGUUGUGUAUAAAGGACGAAAUAGAGAAAAGAUGGAAGACGUUGCUUCUAGUUCGAAAUGAGCUCUAAACAUAUAGACGCUCGUUUUAGAACAGACGCUCGCGCAGUUCGUUAGUAUCUUUCGUUGUGCGUGAUCGGCCAAUCGUUUUCUUCGUACGUACAUUCUAUAGUUAUGUAUGUAAGUAUUCGUUAUUUGAACGGACAUAAACAAUACACACAAGUACAUACAUCGUAUCUUCAUUCAUUACAUGUACACACACACAUACACACAUGUAUAUAUAUAUAUAUAUAUAUAUAUAUAUAUAUAUAUAUAUAUAUAUAUCCAUUUACGUACAUCGCGUACGUAGAAAAAUACAUAAAUGUAUUACACACAUUCAUUUGCGUACAUUGCGUACGUAAAAAAAAAAAAAAAAUAGAAAAAAAAAAAAUACAUAAACAUAAACACAAACGUUCGUCUCAUAUGUUCAGAAAUAUACAUAUACUAUGUACGUUACAAAUGUGGACGCGAACUGAACGAGCGCCGUAAUUUUACGUGCAGUGAAAAUAAACUUUGAUUAUCUCGUCGUCGUCGUCGUCGUUUUCGUCAUUUUCGUCUUUGUCAUCGUCGUCGUCGUCUUCGUCGUCGUCAUCAUCAUCGUCGCCGUUGCCGUCGUCGUCGUUGUUCUUCCUUCACUUUACUUCUAUAAUAGUAACGAUCGUUCAAUCCAUGAUCGUCCCUUUCGACGCCGAGAUAAUUUAAUAAUGUGCACGUGAACUCGCGAGACGCACGAAUUAAACGCACAUUCUCUCUUAUUGUCUCUUUCUCUUUAUUUCUCUCUCUCUCUCUCUCUCUCUCUCUCUCUCUUUCUUUUUCUCUCUUUUUCUCUCUUUCUCUUUUUUACAUCAUACGUUCGAUGAUACAUUAAUUUACAUGUGAAAGAUAUGAAAUCAUUUGAGUACAUUCGUUCUUUUACAUAAAGAAAAAAUAUUAUACAGAGAAAAAGAAUGCGUAUGUGUGUGUGAAAGAGAGAGAGAGAGAGAGAAAGAGAGGGAAAGAGACAGAGAGAGAGAGAGAGAGAGAGAGAGAGAGAGAGAGAUCUCUCGUUACGCCGUAACGACAAUCGUGCGUCACGCCGACGAUAUUUAUCUUAAUAUGUGAAAAUUAAUGUAAAUAUUACAUACCAAGCCGAAAUAAUUUAUCCAAGAUACUAAAUAAAAUAUUAAUCGUGAA